AUGCUGAACAGGCAGGCCCGCUAUGACAGGGAGCCUGAGAUGUCAGUCACGGCAGUGUUUGUGCUUGCAGUAGCUGUAUCCGCUAUACCACCUGGGAACGGUAAGCAUAGCAGCAGCGCUGGAAGGUCUGCUCGUGAGGGCGAUGAUCCGUUAGACCUGGAAGCUGCAGCCGCUGGUUACAGUCCGGUUCAUCCUGACCUUGGAUUCGCACCUGGGCAGCAGGACGCAAAAGGGAUGCCAUUCGAGUUCAACUACAAUGUUCAAGACGAACAAGGCACCGGACUGUUCCACGAAUCCAAGGGCGACGAGUCAGGAACAGUAAGGGGAAGCUACGGCUACACUGACGCCCAAGGGCUCUACCGCACAGUGAAAUACGUCGCCGACGCCAACGGGUUCAGAGCUGAGGUAAAGUCCAACGAACCAGGGUUGAAAGCCGAAGACCCUGCCGACGCCAAGUUCGACGUCGAGCCGUCUCCUGCAGGACUUCAGAGCGCGGCACCAAAAUUUUCGGCCGCUAAGCCAAGUUUUAAGCCGAGCGCCCAACCCGGAGGUGGCAAAGCCGCUUUCGGGCCGGUAUCCAAAGGACCAGCCCGUGCGAAGCCAGGGUACGGAACUGCUCCAGUACCUUCGGCGGUAUUUCCCGUCCCGUUUUAG